GUUCCUACUUUUGAUUGCUUGACCUGCGUUGACUGGGAUUGUGCAUUUUUGUUGUGAAUUGAAGCACUCUUCCAGAAUUGAAAACACUCUGUGUUAUAGAGCGACUAAUUAUUACCUUUUGAACGAAUCUGUACGUGAUCUAUCCAGACAGGAUAGAAUAACAUUUAUUUGUGGUGAUUGUUUAGAUUUGAUCAAUUAAACAAUUAUUGGUUGGAUAGCUGAGUGGUUAUAUUUGUUUAGAACCGCUAUCUUACCCAAUUCCUUUGUUUUGGUUUCAAUCGGGCGAGGGCGCGUAUCUAACUCAUCCAGACAGCUGUCCAGCAGUCCAAACGUAGUUUGGAUCUUACAGUUCUAAACAAAUAUUUGGUCGAAUUCGUUUGGCUUUCGUUUCGUUGAUUCCAAUCAUCGUCUCUGGGAAUAUCUGGUCGUUCGCUUCCGAUGCCAAACAAUCGUCGAAGGAAAUUAAGUCCAAGGCUCGUGAAUGUUAAAAGAGAUGAACAAAAGGAUGGAUCCCCUCAAUCAAGGCAAGUGCCUUCUGAUGCUUCUAUGUGUCAUGGUUCAUAUUCUAAUAGGGACGAUUGUAAUUAUAGUGAAUCUAGUUGUGAUAUAAUGGCAGAUGGCAUAGAAAACCUUAAUUUAGACGUGAAGCAAGCAAAAGGCGUAAGGCCUACAGCGUUUUUCAUAGGUCCAGAGUUACCAAAGGUUGAGUUAAGUUAUUUCGACGGUCAACCAAGAGGUUACUGGAAGUUUUUAAGGGAGUUUGAGACCUAUGUGGAAUCAAGGGUCAAGGAUGAUGGUCAACGCUUGCUUUAUUUGAUGCAUUAUUGUAAGGGUAAAGCGAAAACAGCCAUUGAGGGUUGUGUUAUGUUGGAAGCCUCUUUUGGUUACAAGAAGGCCAAGGAAAUUCUAAAACGGUUGUUCGGACAGGCGCAUGUAAUCGCUCGGGAGACUUUAGAGGACUUAUUCAAAACUACAAAUGUUGAUUACAGUGAUCCUGAGCAACUAACAAAUCUAGCUAUUAGGAUGGAAAAUUGUUCUAUGGUUUUGAAACAGAUGAAGUACACUGCCGACUUAAACUCUUUAAUUACCUUAGAGAGAAUAGUAGGACUCUUACCUCAAGUUAUGCAAGCCCAGUGGGCGGACUGGGUAGAUGAAUUGACUGAAGAUAAUAGAGAACCAACCUUUGAUGAGCUUACCCAAUUUAUAGCAUCCCGCGCGAGGGUAGCUAAUAGUAGGUUUGGACGGUUAGCGAAUCGUCCGAGAAAGGGACACAACUUAAAGACAAAUUGUCACUUGCAAUUGGAGCAGGCGAAUAAUUCGAAAGAGAAAGCUAAAUGCAGUGUGUGUUCCCUGGACCAUGCUAUUUAUAAAUGUCCAAAUUUUUUAGCGCUUACCGUUCAAGAGAGAUGGUCUCACGCGAAGGUUAAUGGCAUCUGUUUUGUCUGCCUCAGGCAAGGGCAUAAAGUUAGUGAAUGUAAGCUGGCAAAACGUUGUAACGUUGAGGGUUGUGAAAGGAAACACCAUUCUUUGUUACACAGCGAGAGUGAGAAAUCUGGUACCUCGAGUUGUUGCGGAUAUACUAAAUCACUAAUCAGUCAAGUGUGUUUAGGCAUGAUUCCCGUACGGUUGAAAUCGCGAAAAGCCGAGAUUGUGGGUUAUGCUCUGUUGGACAACGGUUCUGAUGUGACACUGAUAAGAUCAAACUGUUUGAGGUCUCUCGGGCUGAGCGAAGACGAAGCAUCAGUGGUAGUUGAGACUGUAGGCGGUAAUAGAACAAUGAAGGUCACGAGUGCGCCUUUUGAGGUAUAUUCUUUAGAUCAAUCUGAACAUGUUACUAUUGAAGGAGCUCUGGUUGUAGCGAGUAUACCAGGUCAUAAGCCAACAAAAUCAGCAAUGAACAACCUAGUUAAGUGGCCGCAUUUAAGUGAUGUGCCAAUAGAUAGCCUAGACUCUGAAGAAGUUUUACUGUUGAUUGGUUGCGACGUACCAGAAGCACAUUGGGUGUUAGACCAACGGUUGGGUGGAAGGAAGAACCCGUACGCUGUGAAAACGUUGCUGGGGUGGACGGUUUUCGGACCCGCGUCAUAUUCGGAACAUAGGAAAAGAGUUGUUAAUCAUACCAGUAAAUUACAGACUUUGGAGAACGAAAUACGUAAACUUUACGAUGUAGAGUUUUCUGAUGAUAAUUCAAAGGAUAAAUCAGUAUCAAUAGAAAAUAAGGCGGCUAUAAGGAUUGUGGAAGGAGGCACACGCUUCGAAAAUGGUCAUUUUGCAGUUCCUGUACCAUGGAAAGUGAACUCAAAUAUGAAAGGGAGGAAUUAUGAAGUGGCAAACAAUAGACUACAGAGCGUGAAGCGUAGAUUGUCGAAAGAUGACCUUCUGUAUAUCAAGUAUACAACAGGUAUUGAAAGUAAUUUUAUUCAGGGCUAUGCGGAGAUCCUUGAAAUACAAUUGCGACCUAGUUAUCACCCCCGGUGGUACUUACCUCACCAUGCAGUUUUAAAUCCGAAAAAGCCAGCAAACUUUGCCUUGAAUAAGACGGCCCAAAUAUUCUCUGAUGGUUAUGUUGUAGAUGAUGUCAAGAAUAAUUUCUAUGUUGAUGAUUGCUUGAUAUCCAUUCCCACUUGUAAUCAAGCAAAGAGUUUCGUUAAACAUAUAAGUGAAUUAUUAUGUAGAGGAAGCAUACAGAAAGUGACUUAUCUUGAAUAUUGGUUCGAAUGCCCUACUUUAUUGCAUGGCGAAUUUUAUAUAACAAUCACUGACUGUCCGGAACAUACUCCUGACGCUAUUGAGCUUAGAAAAACUGCUGUGGGUAACUUGAGUAGUAUAAAGUACAACAUGUUACCUAUUCUCUCUUAUUAUUCCGAGUGGUUGAAAUUAAUCAGAGCUGUAACCUGGUUUAGAAGGUUCAUCGAAUUCCUGAUGGUACAUCGUGCACCAAGUUGUAAAGGAUCCGUUCAUCUAGGAUGUUUAAAGGUUGACAUCGCCAAGUGUAAGAAUUUAUUGAUGGUUCAAAGGGAAGUGUAUGGAAAAUUAUUUAGUGGAUUUAGAAACAGCAGUAAAGUAGUAAGAUAUGAUCUGAAAGGCUUAUCACCGAUAAUGCUUGAUGGGUUACUCUGUGUUACAGGUCGGCUAAGCUACUCCGAAUCCUUAAAUGCCUUUAAACAUCCAGUAAUUUUACGCAGUCGACACUUAGUGACGGAAAUGAUAAUUAGACAUUAUCAUAAGGAACCAGGACACAUAGGAAGGUCAUUAGAAAAAGGAUAUAGAUAUGUGUUUACUUGUUUGCAAACGUGGGCAGUACAUAUUGAACUGAUGUGUAGUUUGAUUGCUGAUUCAUUACGUUUUAUUGGAAGAAGAAGGAAACCUCCGGAGAUUUACAGUGACAGUGCGUCAAGCUUCGUGGGGACAGUUUCCGAGUUAAGAAGGGUUGUGCAGCAGUCGAAUCAGCAGAAGAUAAAUAUUGAAUUGUCAGCGAGACCCUCAUCCAACAGCAUGGCUGGAGUUUGGGGAAGAGUGAUUAGGUCUAUACCACGACUGUUAUUGUUGAUCACCAGAGAACAGAUGAAGCAGGUCUCCCUGAAGCUUCGGGUUAGUCUUUUUUGUUAUUAAUGUAGUUAGGUCGAGUAGGCGUACUGCUGUAAGUCCUACUCGUUCCUAUAGUGUAAUAUGCUACAUAAUGAACCAUGACCAUAGGCAUCAAGGUAGCUUGUGUGGUAUGGAGGGAUUUUGGGGGCCGGUGUAAGAUCCAUUUUGAAUGUUUUGUGUGUUUGUGAAAAUCCCUCCAUGUAUAUACUUGCACUUUGUUCCUAUUGAUUCUUUUAGUCGUACAAUGUUAACUUUUUGACUACAGUUGAACUGUUAAUAUUUGUAUUUUAUUAUAGUUUUCGUUUUUACCACACCUUCACUAAUUCCCUAUGCUUCUUCCCGAACUGCACUUAUGUUGUUUUACUUUAUACUAAGUCUGAGCG